AUGAUUUACAACUACCACGAAGACGGGCUGGAUUACCUGUUGCAUCUUGUCGACACGCCUGGGCAUGUUGAUUUCCGUGCGGAGGUUACCAGGUCAUAUGCCAGUUGUGGCGGGGCGAUCUUGUUGGUGGAUGCGAGUCAGGGGGUUCAGGCGCAGACGUUUGCGCAGGGGUUGAGUCUGGUGCCGGUGGUGAGUAAAGUUGAUUUGCCUACGGCGGAUGUGGAGAGGGCGUUGGGGCAGAUGGAGGACGUGUUUGAGUUGGACUGUAAAGAUGCGGUGAGAGUGCGAAGACUGGGGUUGGGAUUGCAGAGGUUCUGCCGGCGGUGUUUGAGAAGGUUAGGCCGCCGGAGGGGGAUCCCAAGGGGAAUUUGA